AUGGCCGGGCUCGCGCUUUUGCUUGAACACGCAACAAAUUUACGGGAGAUAGACCUCGUCGACAGCGCUAUAUUGUUCACGGAAGAACCCAGGAUUCCUGAAGCUCUUGUGAAUCACUGCGUCCACCUAUCAACUGUGACAUUCCAUAUGCAGGAUGACCUUACUAUGGAGACCUUGAAGCGAAUGCGUUACCUUCGGGAGGUUAACGUGCAUUUCGGGACGGAUGCAUCUCGCCUGCCCGCAAUUCAAGCCUUGCGGGCGACUCCCGAAGUCAUGAGGAUUCACACAUCCCUGACGGUGCUAUUGCCAGAACAGUUGCACUUACCCUCUGUCACCAGCUUGGUUCUGCAUGGCCCGUGGUUGCCUAUCUGCGACCUCUCUCGCGCCUUUCCAAGCAUUCGCAAGCUCACCGUACAUCACGGCUUCGGAGACUCCGUCCCAACGAGCCCAGAAUCCGCGCGGAGCAAGUGUACUUGGCAUUCGCUACAUGCCUUACGGGGGGACGCAGAGGCCCUCCAUGAUCUCGGUGUGUCUUGUCCCGUGAAAUGUUUAGAAAUAGUUCGCGACCCACGACCAUUCAUCUACCCAACUCCGUCUAGAGCUACGGAGGAUGAGCGAUUGCUCUCCGUGUUCCGGGCCACUUCCCCGAUCUCCCUGUCUUUCGUGAUGACCACGACACCGACCAUGGACUUCAUUAGUCGAACCAUUGAGAGUAUUCCUCGAGUUCGUUUCGUCGAUAUGAGAUUGGAGCCAGUUGGUUGGCAGAUACCCUCUGCAGCGACAGUGGUUGCAGCUAUGGAGACUUUGCGGGGGAUGCCAGUCGCUUUGUCGGGGCUGCAAGCGUCGUAUCUAUCCCUCAAUAUUGAAGUCGGCGUUCGAUUGGCCCAGAUGCAUGAUGAAGAGUUCCGCCACAACUUCGCGUUCCAAAUCGCUGAAGCACUUCCUUCAGUUCGCUUGCUUGAGCUAGGACUGAAGGUUACCGCGGCCGGUUCCCAGGAGGUUAGCCAUUAUUGGUGGUACGAAUUCAAGGACACAGUGUUGGACGAGCGUCAGAUUGCCCAGAUUCCAGAUGGGCGUGCAUUCAGGGAUUAUUGGCGUAAAGUGGUUUAG